ACAUUCUCUCCGUCUGUAGCAAAUCCUUUUGUUUCGUUUGUCCGUGCACACACAUGUCUGGCUCUAUAAAAGAGGCAUGUUUUGUGAGCUUGUAGACAGUUAAUGAAAAAUAAACAUACCGAAGAUGACGAGGCGCCGACACUCGUGAAUUUUCAACGUUUAAAUGUGGGUAUACACUGCAUUUGCCCAAUAAACUCGGCAAUCAAAAUUGUAACAACAUUGCUUUUUCGUACGCGAUCUUCUAUUUUCAAUGUAGCAAUUUUCAAAAGUGGACGUCAUCGUAAAGAGGCCGUAAACAAGCAAGCAAACAAACGAAUAUACAACACUAAACCAUUUCGCUGCAAAUUACAACAGAAAAGCUGACCAGAAACGUAACUUAUCAUCAGUUUUCGUUUGGCACGUCGAACACUGUUUCCACCUCACCCGUUUUGUCUGCCAUUGUUUCCACCGUACAAGAGGGAAAAAAAACAUUGAAAUAUAAACAAUAAAGAGGCCAAUAAGUUUCUCAAGUCGUUUGUCGAAAAAUGUGUUUUGUAUUUUUGAUGUGAGCCACGUACACAAAAUAGGCAAACAUUAUCAACUAUACAAAUUGGUCGGGGAUUUUUUUUCCGUGUCAAAAUUUCGAAUUGGGCCGAUAGAGAACGAGAGGGCGAGCACGAAAAUUGAGAGGGCGAAUGUGAGCGGAAAAUCGAAAAGAAAAACAUUCACCGAGGAAAAGAAAAAGAAAGAGAAAGAACAAAAGAAAACAAAUAAACACAAGUGUACAUGACCACCUAUCAAGAACAACAAACGAACGACUUUUCUCUGGCUAAGCGAUAAAGUAUACGGAACACUGCGAUAAACAGCAAACAACGAGAACUGCAUUCUGAAUUGUUAUAUAAAAAUAAAAAGAACAGAGAAAGAGAAAAUCGUCUUGUUUUCCACUCGGAAUCUUGCCUUAUAAUAAAUAAUAGUACUUGUGGACUGUACCAUGAAUGUGCGAGACGAUCAAAACGAAAAAUAAAACUUUUCCAACGGCAAAAUACAUGUAUGCAUUCACAAACGAAAGCGCGGAGAAAAUGUGUAAUAGAAAAAUAAUAAAGAUUGUGAUACAGUCGAAUGAAGUUCAUUGUAAAAAUUGAAAUAUGAUUUGACAAAGUGCAUUUGCGAUUACUUUAAAAAUUAUCAAAACAGAUUGAAAUACAAAAAGAAAAACAAAUACUGAAACGGAGAGAAACAUAAAGGAAGCCGGAAAAUAUUGUAUAUUGUUUUAUGUUUUAUAGCCAAUCGCAGUGGAAGUUGCAAGUGAAUUCAUUUUCUUAUUUUUCACUCAUUUGAAAUUGUGAAAUAAAACUGACAGAAAGAAAAAAAUUAUAUAAAUAAACGUUGGUUCUACGUGCAUUGCAAUUGAUUCGUGAGCACUAAAUAAGCGAAAAGCAUUUUCAUUGAAACGUGUGGAAAAAGUUAGGUAAACACUCUGGUCAAAGUGUAUCGCAACGCUACGGGAAAUUUUUGUUAACGAUCUUUGAGUUAAGUAAAAAUAACUUCACAAACGCAACCCGACGCGAGCCCAUCAGUUGGGCUACGCUUGGUCGGGCUCUUACCGUGUGCAGUGUGGUCACCAAAGAUACCGAAGCCAACAAUUGGCCAGAUACAACGUGUACAAGCGACACCGUAUACAGUAACAUCGAACGCAUCAUCGAUUCGAUCGGCUGCCAUUUUAACUGAUCCAUCGACAUCCGCACAUCCUCCCGUCAAUCGACUGUUGGUUACAGCACAACGAACUGAGACAUCGACCAGUUCGUGUCGUUGCGCUACGAUUCAACCGAAUACGUCUACUGAUCAAUUACACCCCAGUCAAGUUUCGACGAAUCAUCACCACCACCACCACCAUCAUCAGAAGCAGCAGCAGCAGCAAUCGACCUCCACAGGAACAAUAACAACAAUUGCACCCAUCAACCAAUCGCCAACUAUUAAUCAACGCGCAAGUAAUUUACGUCCGAUCUCAUCAACAUCAAGCUCAAACCCUAUGCUUCUGCUACCAUUUGCUGCAAUGCCACCGGGUUUCGUCCCGAUCCAAGGUCAAAUACCAGUUGUUGCUUCUGCAACCGUGCCGCCACCAUCAUCCACACCAACUUAUCCGGCACAACCACAAUCGCAUAAUCUUGGCGGAACGUCACAAAUUCUGCCACCAAAUAAUCCAAUACAAAACGCUAUUGCUCACAAUAAUGCUGGUUCACCUGCUGUUUUUAUCGCAUCAGGAUCGUGCACGGAACAAAACACAAAGGACGGGAAAUGCGCUUUGAUGAAGAGCACAACAGUAAACCAACCGAUAUCCACACCACAAACUAUCAACGCAAAGUUGGACACAAGCAAACAUUAUCACAUAUUCGUAGGGGAUUUAAGUCCUGAAAUAGAAACACAACAGCUUAAGGAUGCGUUUGCACCAUUCGGAGAUAUAUCAGAUUGUAGAGUCGUAAGAGAUCCUCAGACAAUGAAAUCAAAAGGUUACGGAUUUGUAUCAUUUGUAAAGAAAACGGAAGCGGAAAGUGCAAUAACAGCAAUGAAUGGACAAUGGUUAGGCUCCAGAUCAAUUAGAACGAAUUGGGCAACUAGAAAGCCACCAGCGACAAAGGCCGAACUCAAUUUAAAACCAUUAACUUUUGACGAAGUCUACAACCAAAGUAGUCCAACAAACUGUACAGUAUAUUGUGGCGGCGUAAAUGGCGCAUUGUCCGGAGCAUUGACAGAAGAAAUUUUACAAAAAACAUUUUCACCAUUUGGUACGAUUCAGGAAAUCAGAGUGUUCAAGGAUAAAGGAUACGCUUUUGUUCGUUUUUCCACGAAAGAGGCCGCAACACAUGCGAUCGUUGCGAUUCACAAUUCCGAAAUCAAUGGGCAGCCAGUGAAAUGUUCAUGGGGAAAAGAGAGCGGAGAUCCAAAUAAUGCACCAUCGAUUGCAAGUCAGGCAUUGGGUCAAGCUGGUUUUCCAUUUGGCACAGCAUAUGGUCAGCAAGUGGCUGGCUAUUGGUAUCCACCAGCACCGACCUAUCCAACUGCUCCGGCUCCCUCGGCACCCAUUCAAGGUCAAUUCUUGCAAGGAAUGCAAGGGUAUGCGUAUGGACAAUUCGCCGGUUACCAACAAGCUGGAUACAUGGGAAUGGGUGUUCAAAUUCCGGGUGCAUGGCAAGGAGUUCCAGCUCAAGCACAAAUUCCAGCUGCUCAAAUUCCAACUGCCCAAGGUGUUGGCAGCGCCCUGCCACAGGCUGCUGGUGUUGUUGCUUAUCCAAUGCAACAAUUUCAGGUGAGCCCUCAGAUUGAUGAAAGCGCCUAUUCAACUAUGGACAACAUUUAUGGAGAUUACAAAAGUCAUUCUCCACCAAAAAGCCCACAUAUUUCAAUUAAAGAUGUUCGCUACUUAUCCAAAUACAAUUCGAAAUUGUGCUAUCAAGGACCGUACGGCGUCUAUUAAACAGCAUAAAGCAUGCACAGAAAGAAAAAAAAAACAAAACAAACAAACGGACUUUUAAAGCAUCACUACACAAAUCAACACUGCACGCAUAGCUCAUACACAUGCAAACAUUCACUCGGAAAAUUACCAAAAAAAAAAGAAAACACACACACAUAAACACAUACAAAUUGCACCGAAUAUUUAUUACCCUUAUUGUAUGUCUGAGCGUUGCUUUGGAAUCGAUAGGAAAUGAGUGUGUGAUGAGAGAUAGGAAUUCAAAUAUGUGAAUAUCAACCAAGAUGUAGAAAUUAUUUAAAAUGAAGAUUUUUUUUUUGUAUUCGUUUCGAACGAAGGAAUAAGCAAAUGGCACUUUUUUAUUCGUUAAUUUCGCCCGCAUGAUGAAUUGUGAAUGUGUUCAACACAGAGCUCAUUCAUUUGAUUUGACUCAACGGAUUUUUUGUUUGGUUGUGUUUUUUUUUGUUUUGGUUUUAUUCUGUUUUGCUUUUACUUCACUCGGUCCAAUUGCGAGGCUGUUGAAAUUCAAUGAAUUUGGAAGCCGCAUUCAGGCCGACCAACACACAAAAUUCAUGGUAAAACAAGUUAGGCACUGUCAAGCGAAUAAACGACAUGUCAUUUGAAUGUACGUAUAUACAUAUAUACAGUUAUAUAUAUAACAGUUAGCCUUAGGCUGAUUUAAUCGAUCUAAUCUAAAAACACAUUGAAAAUGGAAACACACAACUGAAUUGAAUGAACAAACAAACAAACAAAAAAAGAAUGAGAAUUAUGAAUGAAAGAAAAAAAAACCGAUUAUGAAUUCAGAUCAGAAUUUAUUUAGGGAUUAAUAUACAUAAAUUAGAUAAAGCAAGCAUAUUGUUUGUUCAAAAUGCAUGUUCGAUGUGUAUGUAAUUAAGAGAAAUAAAUGAGUGUCGUGACCACGAUGAAUUUGUGAAUGGAAACAACAGUAACAAAGCACUAUAAAAAAAUUGAACUUAUAGUACCAUAAUCAAACUCCUAUAAAUGAAAGAAAAUGUAUGUAAAUGUACGCUGGGUCUUCAGAUUGUAUAACUAGAUCAGUUGAAGAGGAAAAAAAAUCAACAAUCGAAAUCUGAAUUGGUCGAAUUCAAUUACAUGCGGCAAGUUGCAUUGCAUACUAAAUCAAAUGCCUCGCGUCACAACCUAAUAAAAGAAGCACUUUUUAUAUCAAUUUCUUUCCGAAUGCCGGAUGAAUCAUUCAACAUUUCUGUUUAUGUUCACAUGAACAGAAAAAAAAACGAUUUUCAUUCUGUUGAAUGUUACAAAAAUGCGUUAACCAUCCGUGACAUUUAUCUACUUUUGAUUGCUGUGAAAUAUUGAAAAGCUUUUAUGUUAAAACGCAUAUCGAUAACGUCGAUGAUCCCAAUGCCAGUUCACAUCAAAAACACUUGUGAACUGCUUUGCAGUAUUUUUAUUUCGUUCAAAUACUUGUUUUUCAGUUUGAUUAAACGCAAGCAUAGCAAUUGAAUGAAGGCAAAUGUAAAAACAUAUAUUCAUAAGUGUGAACAAUGAAAACAAAACAAAUAACUCACCCAAAAGAUGAAAAAAACAAUGGAAAUGGUAAUUGUUACUCGUCAACCCAAGCUACCGAACAUGUUUCGAAGUCAUCAGAUGUAUCGGAUUCUCCGAAAUGAAAGAACAUUAUCUACGAACCGAAACAUGAAACACUACGUUGUUAUGUGAAAGCUUGGGAUGAUACAUACGCAAAAAAAAAAUACCGUAGACUUAGAAUAUUCGUAUAUUGUAAUUAUAACGUUCAUCAAUAUCAGCAAAUCAAUAUUUAUGCAUAGAUUUAACGGCGCUGAUGAACGAUUUAAUUGAUAAAUAUAAACCAAAAAUAUACAUGUAGAUUAAUUAUUUAGGACCUAGCAAAUCAAUGAACGAUUUAGAUGAAUAUGAAUGAAAGAUUCCUACCAAAAACAGCAACAGCAACAGCAACAAAUUGUCAACGCAACGCAGUAAAAAUAAGGAAUUACAACAAAAAACCAAAACAAACAAAAAACGCGCACAUUCUCAGAACCGAACAAAAACCAUUCAAUAUUUCGUAAUUUCUUCGUUUUGGUUGUGCAAAAAAAAAAAUCCAAAGAAGCUACAUAGAAAGACCAAUUGAAACGAACAAAUUGAACAAUGAUUACAAUCAAAUUGUCAAAACACAAGAGUUCAAUCAAAUUAUAUUUGUGAAAUAUGAUAACAUUUACCUCUCUAGUGUGGAAAUCGAUGCGUUUGAAAUGACUACACUUACUCACAUACAUACAUACACACACGCUAUGCCAUGGCAUUUCGAUUGAGCAGAGUUAAAGCACAAAGGCCGUUCGACUGACACGGACACAAACACUUGAACAGGUAAUUAAUCGAUUUAAUGGCAUAAAUUGGUAGUCCAUCCGUUAAGAUGUGUCACGGUAUAAAUGCGCUUUUUACCAUUUUAUGUUAACCGGUAUGGAUUUUCAUGUUUUUUUGUUUUUAUUUUUUGUUCAAUUCAUAUUUUAUGUUAAAAUAUAAACCAAAUAGAGAGAAAAUUAAUGAAUAUUACUAUGUGAUGAUCAGCAUGCAGCAGCUUGUUUGUAAAUGAAAUUCAGCGAUUAAUGAAAAUAAUCCGAAAAUUGUGUUUGUUUGAGAGCUAUGUUUCGAUUUCCCAAAAAAAGGAAGAAGAAGACAAAACAUGAUAAGAAAUUUUAUGCAAUAAUUUAUGUUGUGUUAAUCAUAAUUGAAAAUGUGUGUUAAAAAGUAAAAGACUACAAAACGAUAAAAUUAACCAAAAAAAAGUAUAAAAGAAUAUAUAUAUAUAUAUAUAGAUAUAUAGAUAUAUUUAUCCAUGGGGAGAGGGAAUCAGUUGCGAUAAAUUAUUGAGUAAAUCGGUAACGAAAUGUUAAGUGGAUUUUAUUUCGUGUCUUAUCAAAUAUUUCAAAUGUUUGUAAAUUAAUUUUCUUUCGUUAUGUUCGGUGCAUAUCCUUGCUGCGGCAACAAUGCUUAUGCUGUCAGCGUCUGACAAAAUGAUGACAGUGUUCUGAAAACCCAUUUCGAAUAAUCAACAACAAUAUGAGA